GCCAAUAGCUAUAUACCCCAAUUGUGUGUGAAGAUAAGAUAAGAUAAGUAAGAAGCUUUUGCUGUUUGACGACUUUAAAACACAAUUUUCUUUACGAAAAUGGAAGAUAUCACCUCUAAACGUAGAAAAUUAGUUAUAAUGAGGCAUGCUGAGAGAGUCGACUUCACAUUCGGCAACUGGAUGGAACCAGCAUUUGAUGAACAUGGCAAUUAUAUUAGAUUCAAUUUAAACAUGCCUGUUUCUGUGCCCAAACGUAAUCCAAUGGAUUUUCAACGAGAUUGUCCUUUAACACGCAUUGGAACCUUUCAAGCUACCAUUACAGGAGAAAGCAUGAAAGAGCAUGGACUUUCUUUUUCACACGUAUUUUGCUCACCAUCUUUGAGGUGUAUCCAAACCUGUUCUGAUGUUUUAAAAGCUUCAAAUCAAAGCCAUUUGCCAAUCAAUAUAGAGCCAGCCCUUUUUGAAUGGUGUGGUUGGUAUAAGGACAUUUUCCCAGAAUUUUUGGGUUUAGAAGAUAUGAAAGCUAAUGACUAUAAUGUGGCCCUUGACUAUAAGCCUGUUGUUUCUGUUGAUGAUCUUCGACUAGGUAUUAAUGAGACUAGUGAGGAAUUUUACAUGAGGAGCUUUUUGACUACUAAGACGCUGUUAGAUACCUAUGAUGGGGAUCUUCUGUUUGUGGGUCAUGCCGCAACCUUGGAUACAUGUAGCCGACAGUUAAUUGGUAAGAUGCCAAGAAACAAUGACGAAGUUCAACGCCUUAUGCAUCAUAUUAUGUAUGCUGCUGUUGCUAUUGUUGAAAAAGAUUCUGAAAAUGUAUGGGAGUUAGUUGACCCACCUUUUCCUGCCCUCAAACAUACCUCCAAUGCUAGUUUUAAUUGGAAAGUGUUCUUAUAACACAAACUGAUUGCAUUUAAAUGUUCGCUUAUUUAUUGUUGCUUCACUAUUUAUCUGUACAGUCGAGUCCCGACUUACGCGAGGGAUGCGUUCCAAGACUCCUCGCGUAAGUCGAAAUUUCGCGUUGUGGAAAAAUAUAUGCAUACAAAUUUUUUAAAGCAUACCAAAUACUUUUAGACACUUACAAACAUCCUUCAAACUGCUCUAAAGCAUUCUUUAACCAUACACUACAGUUUCUUGCAUAAAGAAUUGAACAUUUACUGUAUUUAAAAAAAAAAAAACUGUUAUUCAAAAUGAAAUACUUUAAGAUGAACAAAAUUAAUGACCAAUGGGAAUGAAAGACAUAAAAUAAAAAAACACGGUACACACAGCAUGUAGUAAAAUUUAAAUGAUGCACUAUAAUAGUACAGUAGAUACAGUAAUUAUAUUUAACAGUUAAAAAAUGAAGACAGUGAAUAUUUAUGCUCCAUGAUCAGAUCGUUAUUCUUAUCUAAUACAUUUUUAAAUACUGUAACGGAUCCGGUGCGACUUCCAACUUUCUUGAAAGGACGACACAGUUCUUGAUAAAAACACAGGAGCUUUAUUUACACUAUGUACAGAAGAAAUCGUUAACAACUGCUAAAUUAAUCAUCAGCAAUUAAGCAAAUAUCGCUCCACACCGUAAACUCAACGGUUACACACGUAUUUACUUCCAAAUACGAAAAACAACACAGCGAAAUGCCUCGCAAUAAACAGAGCGAAUACACUCUCAGUUCGAAUUCUCAAUCGAAACUAACUUUUUAUCAGCGUAACGGCUUAUAUACACACCGAA